AUUAAGGGGCGGGGCAGGAGGCCGUCCAGCGGUUCAGUGCCGCUAGUAGAACUGACACUAGCGCUCGUACGUACGGCGGUAGUUCCGGGUUGUCUCUCAACUUCUACCUUGUUGUCCUCGUCCUAUGUUGUAAACAAAAAAGUAAUUUUGGCCCACUUUAGGCAAUCAUGGCUCUUCUAAUGGAGCACCAGUUCCGGCAACUUCCAGCCGACAAACAAGUGGAAACCCGGCCGUUUCUUGAGGCGGUGUCUCAUCUUCCUCCGUUCUUCGACUGCCUUGGUUCUGCAAUUUUUUCUCCCAUCAAGGCUGAUAUUGCGGGUAACAUAACUAAACUCAAGGCAGUGUAUGACAGUAAUCCCAGCAGGUUUAAAACCCUGCAACAGAUUCUGGAAGCAGAAAAGGAAAUACAUGGAGCUGAGUGGCCAAAAGCAGGAGCAACGCUUGCCCUCAUGUGGUUGAAAAGGGGGCUACGCUUUAUUCAGGUUCUUCUGCAGAGCCUGGUGGACGGAGAAAAGGAUGAAAACAAUCCUAACCUCAUCCGAGUCAAUGUCACCAAAGCUUAUGAGAUAGCCUUGAAGAAAUAUCAUGGCUGGUUCGUCCAGAAGCUCUUUCAAGCAGCACUGUAUGCAGCUCCAUACAGAUCAGAUUUCCUCAAAGCUCUGUCUAAAGGGAAGGAGGUUAAGGAUGAAGAAUGCUUGGAUAAAGCACGGCAGUUCUUAGUAAACUUCACCGCUACUAUUGACGCCAUCUAUGAAAUGUACACCAAGAUGAACGCAGAGCUGGACUACACCGUGUGAUUCGAGUUCAAACUUCAAACCUUAUGUCUCUUAUGUCCCAAAGGAUCACCGUUGCCUCCCAUUAGACAUCUCAAUGCGCCGUUCUUUCUCCUGGAUUUCUGCAAUCAGUGGUUUUGCUUUCUCAUGGGGGACAAUUAAGGUCUGAGCUGGUGAAGACUCUCACGAUUAUAUGAAGGGGAAAUUUGUUUUGCCUGUUUGUUGAUGGUGUGAAUGUGUUUGCUUCCAUUAGAGAAGUAGUGUUCUUUAAAGUGAAAGUUUUAGUCAUUUUCACUAUACAGCAAAAUCUUAAAUGUACACUGAUGGAGUAUAUAUAUGUAUAUAUCAGUGGUGUACAUUUAAACCUUAUGAUUUUACUGUGUAAUAAAAUGUCUUUACUUGCAGUACACAUGCACUUUAUGUGUGUAAAGUGGUUGUGUAUUUGUUCCUUUUAUUAAACUACAAUAGACUAAAAAUUAGGAUUUUAAUUGUAUUAUUUAAAAAAAAAGAGUUGGCAGAUUUAAUAACCAAAUAUCUGAUAUUGUUUACUUUGGAUGUGUUUUGUGAAAGAAACUAUUGUGACCUAUUGUUAAACAUGAAUGUAGAGAAACUACUUCUUCAGACAUGACAAUAAAGCCACUCUAUUGAGUGGUUAUAUAUUUUCCAUAAAACAUAUAUAACAUUUUUGUCUAUAUCAAUUGAUGACACAGUGACUGAAAAUCUUUACAAUAUGUAAUGCUAUGAAGUAUUGUCGGAUUGUAAUAUUUCACUUGUCAUUCCAAAGGGUAAAUUCAUUACAA